AAGAAACACAUGAAAUAGGGAGGAGGAGGAGAGAAGGAGACGAAAGGAGGAGGAGAAGGAGGAGGAGGAGGAGGAGAAGACGAAAGGAGGAGCUGGAGGAGAGAAGAAGACGAACAGAGGAGGAGGAGGAGGAGGAGGAGACGAAAGGAGGAGCUGGAGGAGAGAAGAAGACGAACAGAGGAGGAGGAGGAGGAGGAGAGGGAGAACACGAAAGCGGAAGAGGAGGACAAGAGAAGAAGAAGAUGAGAGGAGGAGGAGGAGGAGGAGGAGGAGGAGGAGGAGGAGAGAAGGACAAGACGAAAGGAGGAGGAGAGAAGAAAAAGAAGAGGGCAGGAGGAGGUUAGGACCUGCUGGAUGUUGAUGGCAAUGACGAAAAAAGAAAGAGAAAAAAAAAAGGAUGACGACGGAGGAGGGGAGGGGAGAGAGAGAGAGAGAGAGAGAGAGAGAGAGAGAGAGAGAGAGAGAGAGAGAGAGAGAGGGGGGGGGGGGGGGGGGGGGGGUGGGGGGGGGGGGGGGGGGGGGGGGGGAGGAUUGGGUGGGAGAAGGGGGGAGGAGGGGAACCGAGAGCUUAUACCGCAU